AUGAAAGAAGAUAAUAUCCGUAUGAGCCCAAGAUUUAUAUAAACUAUGAUGAUGUUUAAGGAUUAUUUAUCAAGUAAUAAUAUUUUGAUUUGGCUAGGAGAAAAGCUUUCUCCAAAACAAGCAGACCCGAAUCUAGUCAAAAUUUUUGGUAAAUAAAAUGCUGAUAGAGAAUAUAUCACAAAUUCUGCUGUUAAGCCUUAAUAUGUUAAAUUAAAAACAAGAAAAAAUAGUGAUGAAAAAGUCUUAAAAUAAAUUGAUAAUGAAUUUUAAAAGUAAGUUGCCAUAAAAUCAAAAUUAAAGAUCUUUGAUUCAGAUUAAAUGAAUUAAAUUAGAGACUCAUUGCAUGAUUAAAUUGUACAUUCUAAUAGGGAAUCAUUUUCUUAAAUUAUUGAUCACAAAUUUUCAACAAAUUUAACUCCAGAACAUUGCUAAAUUAUUAAAACACUGAGAUAGGAACUCACUUUUCGAGAAAAAUUAAAACUUAAAGAACCAAUUGAAUUCGCAAAAUCUGUUUUGACAGAAAGAAUUUAAAGAUAAUUAAUCUAUAAAAAAUAAGUUCAACAUGAUCAAAAAUUCUUCAAAGAAUAAAAUAAUAAAGUAACUACCUUAAAUUUAUAAAAAUUGUAAGUUAAAUCACAUGAUGGAAUUGAAAUAAGUACAAGAAGCAUCUCGCAUAAAGAAUUAGUAAAAUCAAUAAAUGAUUAAUGCUUGACUUAAAGGCAAUCUUAUCGUAAAAUGUUAAAAAAGUUUAAUUUUGUGCAAAAAAAAUUCUAUAAAAAAUACAAUGGAAUACUUGACGAAGUUUAAACCUAUUUAUGA